AUGUCGGCAACCUACGUCGCGGCGCUGCUCGAGGCGGUCGCCGAGGACGGCCUCGAGGGGCUCGGCCUCGGCAAGACCGCCGCAGAAGGCGGAACCGGAGGCGGCGCCCCGGGGGCCUAUAUGGACCCCGUGGCGCCCGCGCUGCCGGCGAGCGGCGAUGGGACGAUCGCCGCCGCAGGGGGGGAGGGGGAGGUCGAGGGCGCUGCUGCCGCCGCCGAGGCGGGCCGCCGCGCUCCGGAUACCCUAGUUGUCGCCGAUCCUUCAGCGACGCGCCAUACCGACACCGGGCACAGUUCGCAGCCACUUGCUGCGUCCGCCGGAGCUUCGGAUUCUACUUACAGCGGCGCGGACGCGGAGGAGGCGGUGGCAGGAGGGGGCUCUGGGGCGUCGGAGGCGAGCGCGGCGGCCGCGGCCGAGGAGGACAAGCGCGUCCGAGCGCUGAGGAUUGCCCUGCAGCACAAGACGCAGAUGCCCGUGACGGACGAGGAGGCCCGGGCUAUCCUCCAGGCGCGAGGGGGUCGCGAGACGCCCGUGACGGAGGAGGAGGCGCGGGGCGGCGAGAAGCUAUCGCGGCGUGGGAAGAAGGCGGUGGCGAAGGAGGCGGGCGAGGUGGUAUCACGCGAGGAAGGCGAGGCGAUUUAUCGCGCGACGCUCGAGUCGCUGUUGGCGUCCACCGGGUGGACGCCGCGCGCCGCGGAGGAGAUGGCGCGCGAGGAGCAGCGUGCGCAUGUUCGGCAGAUGCGCUGGGCAAGGGAGCACGGCCGGGGGGAGCCGGUCCGGUGCUUUGACCCGGAGGAGUACGACGAAGGCGACGACGCUUUCGACGCGCUCUUCGACGGGGGCUCGGGGUACGGGUGGGAUUCCCCCUCGGCGCGGAAACGAAUCUGCGAGGCGUGGCCGCUCAUGCGGCCCGAUGGGGAGGAGGGGAAGACGUAG